AAUAAGACAAGCUAUUAUCAAAUUGUAUCAUGGUAUCGGAGCUAAGGCUCUCAAAAACCUAGCCUCUCUAUUUUUCCGACCGCCGCCCAUCAUGCCAGCCCCGUCGGAUCCUUUGGCGUCUUUACCCUCCGGAGUAAAACUUUUGCUUCGGAGUCUCCACAACUUAAUCCCAGAAAAACUCACCGAAACAAAUUAUCUGGCAUGGUCUCUCAAUGUCCAGACAGCUCUUUCAGCUAAUCUCCUCCUUGGAUGGAUUGAUGGUCAUGAAGCAGCCUCGGCGCCAACUAUCUCCAAAAACGAUAAAACCGUCCCUAAUCCAGAGUAUACCUCCUGGACCAUCGUUGACACACAGAUCCGCGCCUGCAUCCUAGCGGUCAUCAGCCCCUCCGUUCACAAACAUGCUCGCGGCUUCACCACAUCUGCUGCCCUCUGGGAUGCUUUGGCCGCACGGUACAACUCCGUGUCCACCGCUCAUGUUUAUCACCUUGAAAGAAGAGAUCCCUGAACGUGAUGUGGUGAAUGCUGUUAUUCGUGGUCUUCCCACCGAAUACUCAUCCUUUAAGCAAAACAUUCGCAUGAACAAUACCAAUAUUUCGUUAAAUCAGCUUUCUGGAUGGCUGAUCUCCGAAGAAAUAAACCUGGAGAUGGAGAAUAAACUCAGCCUCACCGAGUCUACCAUCACCGAACCUCGCACAGCACUUCUCGCUACGAACCGUCGAGGUCGCGGUAGAGGAGGCUAUCGCGGUCGACCGUCACCUGGACGUGGAUACAACAGCGGACGUGGAGAAAGGAACAACGGUCGACCGUCCCAGGGAAACGGUCGACCGUCACGGGAUCUGCCAACCUGCCAAAUCUGCGAGAAACGAGGUCACUCUGCGUCUGCGUG